AAAGACUGCCAAUAAUGAAAUUGUUGUACAACGUCCAUGUAAUAUAUGUACAUAAUUGGUCACACUGUAUUAUAUUUCGUUAUCGUGUUAUCAAUCUUUACUUUCAGAAUAUAAAUUUCACUUGUAUUUUUCAAAGAAGACGUUCGUUUGCCAUUUUUUUUAAGGCAGUUUUUUUAAAAAUUUGCUGUCUUAAACUAAGGGUAAAAUGGUUAGAUCUUACGUUAGAAAAACCAAAAAGGGUGAUGCAUAUACCAAAGAACAACUGUUACAAGCUACAAAUGCAAUCACAAGCAAACAAAUGACCGUCAGCUUUGCUGCCAGAUUAUACCGGAUACCAAGAACGACGCUUUACGAUCAUAUAAAUAAACGACGUGGAAUGAAGUCUACAACUAAAGGUAGAAAUACUGCCUUAUCACCUGCUGUUGAAAAAAGUUUGGCUCAAUCAUUAACCAUUAUGGAAAAGUAUGGCCAUGGAUUAAGUCGAACCGAAGUUUUGACAUUAGUUGGUAAUUAUGUCAAUGAUAAUAACUUAGUUACUCCAUUUAAAGGUGGAUAUCCAGGUCAUGAUUGGUGGAUAGGGUUUUCUUCUCGACACAAAUUAUCAUUAAAAAAACCCCAAGUUGUAGAAAAUGCUCGAAAAAAAGCUUGUGAUCCAUUCAUAAUUUACAAUUAUUUUGAUUUGUUAUGGGAAACAAUGACUGAUCUUGGUAUAGUGAAUAGACCAGAUCGAAUCUGGAAUCUUGAUGAGACAUCGUUUUAUUUAGACCCAUCUAAAACCAAAACAGUGGGACCGAUUGGUCAACCUAGUACCCGAACAACACAUGGCUCUGGGUGUGACAAUACAUCUGUUUUAAUGGCUUGUAGCGCAGAUGGUAAAAAAGGGCCCCCUUUGAUAAUAUUUAAAGGCAAAAAUAUUUGGGACAGGUGGAUUACACAACAGUCUGAAUUCCCAGACACUACAUAUGCUGCCACGUCCAAUGGGUGGAUGGAACGAGAGGUAUUUGUAAAUUAUUUUGAAAAAAGCUUUUUAAAGACAACUAAUCCAUCGCCUGCUAACCCUAUUCUACUCAUAUAUGACGGACACUCAUCUCAUGUAGAUUUAAAAUUAGUUGAAAUUGCUAGAAACAACAAUGUUACAAUUAUAUUGUUACCACCACAUUCAAGUCACUUGUUACAACCAAUGGACUUAUCAGUUUUUAAAUCAAUUAAAACAGUAUGGGAUCAACGAUUAUGUUCAUGGAACCGAAGUGAUCAAGGUCAAAAGCUUCCCAAACAAGAUCUCUCGAGAAUUAUAUGCAGUAUUUGGGCACAAUUAGACACAAAAAUAAUAGAAAAUGGGUUUAGAAAAGCAGGGAUUUAUCCCUUUAACCGAAAUGCAGUUGAUAAAUCUAAAUUUGACCCUAUAAGUCUAAGUAGGUGGGAAGUUAGUAACACCCAAGAAAAUAACCAAACUACUGAUGAUCAAACUUCAACAACCGAAAUGUAUAAUGACUUAGUUAUCUAUAAUGAAGCUUCAACAUCAACAUGUAUUGCCAGCAAUAACAAUUUCAACUCAAAUCAAGCUUCAACGUCAACUGAAAAAAAUGCAGAAACAGAAAUAUUAAAUAAUAGUAAAUCGUUUGAGGAGCUAUUAUUGAUUUCUAUGAAGCAAGUUGCCGUAGAGAAAACUACCAGAAAGCAGGUAACUAGCGGAGCUACAGUUAUUACUUCUGAAGAAGUUAUAAAUAUUUUAAAAGCAAAAGAACAAGAAAAGGACAAACCAAAAAACAACAAGAAAAAAAAACAGUCUGAAGAAGUUGUCAAUGAAGAAGUUGUAAAUGAAGAAGAGAUUCAAGACGUUAUAGAUAUAAAUUUGAAUCAACCUAAUGAAAACUUAAAUAUAAGUUUUGUCAGUGGAGUGUCUGAAAUCAGUGAUUUAUUAAAUGAAUUGGAAAGAGAAGAAGAGGAUUUAGCAGAAGAAGGAUAUAUGUUUCGCACAAAAAAUUGUGUUGAUGAUUGGGUUUUAAUUAAAUAUAAGCUUGAAGGAAAAUCUGCAAAAUCAUUACAUUAUGUAGGUAUUAUAAAAGAAGUCUUUGAUGGUAAGCAUAAAAUAAAAUUUGUCAAACUGAAGUCUGAGAAUAAACAUUCUACUACUUUUGUAUAUCCUAUUGCCGAUGAUAUAGAUGAAGUUUCAGAAUCUGAUAUUAUAUGUAGUCUACCAAAACCAACAAUUGGAAGAAGGGGUCAACUCGUUUUUGGAAUCACUUUCAGUCAAUAUAAUCUGAAAAAGUAA